AUGCAUAUCAACGAGAUGCUCGCAGACGCCGAGAGGACCGGCCAACCGUCCUUCUCUUUCGAAUACUUUCCCCCAAAGACAGCCCAAGGUGUGCAAAACCUAUAUGACCGUAUGGAACGCAUGUACGACUUUGGACCUAAGUUUAUCGAUAUUACAUGGGGAGCAGGAGGGAGAAUUGCUGAGCUGACCUGCGACAUGGUCGUUCAGGCGCAGGCCUACUUUGGUCUCGAAACCUGCAUGCAUCUGACUUGUACAGAUAUGGGCGAGGACAAGAUAAACGACGCGUUGAGGAAGGCGUACAAGGCGGGUUGUACUAACAUACUGGCACUACGGGGUGACCCUCCUCGCGAAAAAGAGCAAUGGGUAGCUACCGAUAACGGAUUCAAAUAUGCGAGGGAUCUUGUCGCUCAUAUACGAAAGACGUACGGGAAUCACUUCGAUAUUGGUGUUGCCGGCUAUCCUGAGGGUUGUGACGAUAAUAAAGAUGAGGAUAUACUACUAGACCACCUGAAAGAGAAGGUUGACAUGGGUGCUACCUUCAUUGUCACGCAGAUGUUCUACGACGCCGAAAAUUUCAUACGGUGGGUAAAGAAAGUACGAGAAAGAGGCAUUACCAUUCCGAUUAUCCCUGGUAUUAUGCCUAUUGCAACUUACGCCAGUUUCUUUCGACGAGCAAACCAUAUGAAUUGCAAGAUACCUGAAGAAUGGAUGACAGUUCUCGAACCGAUCAAGAAUGAUGACUCUGCCGUGAGAGAGGUUGGAAAGACGCUGGUUGCUGAGCUUUGCCGAAAGAUUAUGUCGGCCGGCAUUGUUCACCUUCACUUCUAUACUAUGAACUUGGCUCAGGCAACCCGAAUGGUCUUGGAAGAGCUGGAUUGGAUGCCAACAACAACCCGCCCUCGAAAACAGGCUUUGCCAUGGAAACAGUCCCUUGCACUUGGGCGGCGCGAAGAAGACGUCCGUCCUAUUUUCUGGCGUAACCGCAAUAAGUCAUAUGUAUCAAGAACUCAGGACUGGGACGAAUUUCCGAACGGCAGAUGGGGUGACUCGCGUUCUCCUGCUUUUGGUGAAUUGGAUGCAUAUGGAAUUGGUCUAACCGGCACGAACGAGUCUAAUCGCAAGAGAUGGGGAGAACCCAAGUCUGUUCAAGAUAUUGCUUCCCUCUUCGUGCGGUACAUGGAAAGAGACCUCCCUUCUUUGCCUUGGAGCGAAGCACCUCUAACCGGCGAGUCGGACUCUCUUAAAGAUGAUCUCAUCAAGCUCAAUCAACGCGGCCUAUUAACUAUCAAUUCCCAGCCAGCAGUAGACGGCGUCAAGUCUACACAUCCAGUGUACGGAUGGGGGCCCCCGAAUGGAUAUGUCUACCAAAAGGCGUAUCUAGAGUUGCUGGUCUCUCCUGAUUUAUUUCCCGAGAUUAUUCGAAGGAUUAACGCCGACCCAGAUUUGUCGUACUACGCUGUUACUCAGUUUGGGAAGCUCACGACAAAUACCCCUUCCGAAGGUCCUAACGCGGUCACAUGGGGAGUUUUCCCGGGGAAAGAGAUCGUACAACCUACAAUUGUCGAGAGUACUAGUUUCUUAGCCUGGAAAGAUGAAGCCUUUAGGCUUGGCAUGGAUUGGGCCCAUUGUCAUGAUGCCAACUCACCCAGUCGCAUCUUGAUCGAAAAGAUUAUGAACGAGUGGUAUUUGAUUAAUAUCGUCAACAACGACUUUCAUCAGCCACGAACUAUAUUCGAGCUUUUCGAUGGGUUAACCGUCAAAGACAUCGAUGUGCCCGUGGCACCUGUCAACGGGGAGCAUAACGGGGUUCAUAAGGAGACGAACGGCGUUUAA